AUGGUGAGAGGGGAGAAGGAAAGGAGGAUGUGUAGGGGGGCAGAGAGGGGGAAGCGCGCCGCCGGCAGUGAAGACGGGGUGGCGGCGGAGGGAUUGGUCACGGCGUGGUUGAGAGGAGUGAGAGGGAGAGAGAGAGAACGGGUAGUGGUGAGAAGGGAAGAGGGGUUGAGGGUGAGGGAGGGCGAGUCGCCGGCGGUGAAGAUGGCGCGGCGGCGGAGGCGGUGCUGCUGCCGCGAUGACAGAUGGGGCGAGGAGAAGAAGAUAGAGAUGCAGGUUGUAUACUUCGGUAAGAUUGUGGAUAUGGUGACAGAGCGGAGUAUGCUUCCCUCUCCAAAUCCUAGAUCGAAGCCUUCCUCAAUUCCUCCAAAUCCCACCGCCGAACAGAGGAGAACCUCCACCGCCGGUGCACGACCCAGCCUCCACCCAGCAGCGUUUCUGGAGCCACCUCUGACCACGCCACCUGCGACCUCGCCGCCUCCAGUCUACCCAGCAGCGUUUCUAGAGCCACCUCCGACCUCGCCACGUCCGACCUCGCCGCCUUCAGUCCACCCAGCAGCGUUUCUGGAGCCCACCCACGACCUCGCCACGUCCGACCUUGCCGCCUCCAGUCCACCCAGCAGCGUUUCUGGAGCCCACCCACCCAGCCACCGAUUGUCCGAUUCAAGUGCAUAUGGAGCCCGAGCCAUCUAUUCAGGGCUCAUGUUUGGGGGCAAUUUUGCUUAUGUUAUUAAGGACGUAAGCUUGUCAUUGAAACAACUUAUCUUAGAGAUUAUGGCAUCAAGGAUGGUGACCAGUGAUCUAUCCUAUAACUUUUUGGAAGGAGCAAUCCCAGAAAGUCUUGGAGAGUUGACAUCAUUACAGAGACUGAACCUAAAUGGGAAUAGGCUGUCUGGAAGUGUUCCAGCAAGUCUAGGAGGAAGACUAUUGCACAGAGCUAGCUUCAAUUUUACGGAUAACAGAGGACUGUGUGGUAUACCUGGUUUACCUAGCUGUGGACGUGGUGUCUUAGAGCGGGCAUUGGAUUAG